GUCCCGGUGACGCCAAUCCGGGCGACGUAGCGGUAUCUCUGGUGUUGUCACUCAUAAAGGGAUUUUGAACCGCUCUUUGUCUGGCUCGUCACUCAGGACCUGUCUGCCAUGGGAGACCCUACCAGGGGCAAAAGCCCCCGACAGCAUAGCUCCUGAGAUCACUCAAGCACUCAAACCCCUCCACCACGUUAAGGUGGCGGUUAAAGGAGGGAUUUAUUGAUUUGUUAAAAGGGGCAGACAAUAUAAGUUUGUCUUCUUUCUGUCCCCUUUUCCUUUUUUCCCAUCAUUUUUGAGUUUACAACUCUUCUUGUUAUUGAAUAAAAAUGAAAAUGAAAAUAAAUACUGCCUGUAGAGUAGAUACAUGCUGUGGAAAGUGGCAGAGAAAGCACAGUAAUUGUAGUAAAACACGUCGGGAACAAGGCUGUUUAGUUAAAAAUUGUUAUCUUUUUGUAUUUGGAAAUAAAGUGUCGUUUUUAUUACACUUUUGCAAAACUUUGACAUAAUAAAAAACCAAUAAAUGAUAUUUUUUAAGGUCAUCAUAUUCUGAUUUGCGCGCCUGGUUCACACUGGACGCGAUCGUUUCACCGUCUGGUCUAUUUGUUGCACAAGCAAUCUGCGUCAAUUCUUUUUUUUUUUUUUUUAAAUCUGCGUCAAUUCUAACAGGAAGUUACAUCAAAACACACGAGAAAAUUUGUUUUAUUUUCAGAAUAAAACCAAUUUUACACAUGAAUCCACUAGUACUAAUUAGAAACCGUGUCAAUGUCACCGUUGAUGCUAAUUAACCAGGAGUGAGUAAUUUUAUUUAAUAAAGCAGUGAGUGACUCAGAGAUGUUACUACACUAAGUGUUAUGAGAACUCAAUUCUGAAAGACGAAAAAAAAAUCCUAGUUGGAAAACUUUAAUAUAGAAAACAGACAUUUAAAACCUGUAUAAUGAAGUCUUAGGUUUGGCUUUCCAUGUUUUUUUUUGCACACCAAAAUCAAAUCUUUACUCUAUAUUUGAUGCAAACUUCUACAUAAAUGUUUAAAGUUUGGACUUUUUAUGUAAUCUGCUAACUUAUAUAUUUCUAUAUCUGUGAGGGAUUUUCACGAUUAUUUUUUUUAUAUUUCUGUGUUUGUUAGCAAUUUUAUCAGUCUUUACCUUCUCUGUUUGCUUUCUUCUUACUGAUAUUUCUUGGAAGUAUAUCAACCCGUACUCAUGCGAUACAUCAGAUAUGUUACGAGAUACCCCUGCGUGUCCUACAGGUGGCGGUACAGGCAGCCAGCAGACCAUUCUCCAUGAGGAGCAGUGGAAGAUGCCGGCUCUGCCAGCACUGUUGCUGUCGAUUUAUAUUGCGGUCUCGCUGCUGACUAUGGCACCACUCUCCUUCAGCCAGGUCAACACCCUCUCUGCUGUCCGGAUGGCCGCCAUUUUGGAUGACCAGUCUGAUUGUGGUCGUGGUGAACGUCUGGCGCUGGCUCUGGCGAGGGAGAACAUCAACAACAACAUCGAGGGCGCCUCCCAAGCGAGGGUGGAAGUGGACGUCUACGAGCUGCAGAAGGAUUCCCAGUACGACACCACCGAUACCAUGUGCCAGAUCUUGCCAAAGGGAGUGGUGUCUGUGAUCGGCCCGGCCUCCAGCCCUGCCUCCGGCUCCACCAUCAGUCACAUCUGUGGGGAGAAAGAGAUCCCUCACGUGAAGAUUGGUCCUGAGGAGACUCCCAAGCUGCCGUAUCUCCGCUUUGCCUCCGUCACUCUGUACCCGAGCAACGAGGACAUGAGUCUGGCCAUCGGCUCCAUCCUGCGCUCCUUUGGUUACCCCACAGCCAGCCUGAUCUGUGCCAAAGCAGAGUGUCUGUUACGAUUGGAGGAACUGGUUCGCCACUUCCUCAUCUCCAGGGAGACGCUCUCCGUGAGGAUGCUGGACGACAGCCUGGAUCCCACCCCUCUGCUGAAGGAGAUCCGUGACGACAAAGUGGCGACCAUCGUAAUCGACGCCAAUGCCUCCAUCUCGUACCACAUCCUCAGGAAGGCAAAUGAGCUGGGAAUGAUGACAGCCUUCUAUAAGUACAUCCUCACCACAAUGGACUUCCCUCUGCUCAAGAUGGACGACGUUGUGAACGAUCAGUCCAACAUUCUGGGCUUCUCCAUGCUGAACCGCACUCAUCCUUUCUUUGCGGAGUUCAUUAGGAGUCUGAACCUCUCCUGGAGGGAAGGCUGUCACUCCAUCAGUCCGUACCCAGGACCGGCGCUGUCAGCAGCUCUGAUGUUUGAUGGCGUUCACGUGGUGGUCAACGCCGUGCGAGAGCUGAACCGAAGUCAGGAGAUCGGAGUGAAGCCGUUGAGCUGCACCUCCCCGCUCAUCUGGCAGCAUGGGACCAGCCUCAUGAACUACCUACGAAUGGUGGAGUAUGACGGCCUCACGGGUCACAUCGAGUUUAACAGCAAAGGCCAGAGGACCAAUUACACCCUGAAGAUCCUGGAAAAACACCCAGCCGGGUAUAAAGAGAUCGGGACUUGGUAUUCCAACAACACGUUGGUCAUGAACUCCACUUCCCUGGACCUCAACGCAUCACAGACUUUGGCUAACAAGUCACUAAUUGUCACCACAAUACUGGAAAACCCUUACGUCAUGCGUAAGUUGAACUACCAGGACUACCAGGGGAACGAUCAGUAUGAGGGUUUCUGUGUGGACAUGCUGAGGGAGCUGGCAGACAUCCUCAAGUUCUCCUUUAAGAUCAAGCUGGUGGACGACGGGCUUUACGGAGCUCCAGAGCCGAACGGGAGCUGGACAGGCAUGGUGGGAGAGCUGAUCAACAGGAAAGCAGACCUGGCGGUAGCUGGUUUCACCAUCACCUCCGAGAGGGAGAAGGUGAUUGAUUUCUCCAAACCCUUCAUGACUCUGGGGAUCAGCAUCUUGUAUCGAGUCCAUCUGGGUCGUAAACCGGGUUACUUCUCCUUUCUGGACCCCUUCUCUCCAGCUGUCUGGCUCUUCAUGCUGCUGGCUUACCUGGCUGUCAGCUGCGUCCUUUUCCUGGCUGCCAGACUCAGCCCUUAUGAGUGGUAUAAUCCGUACCCGUGUUUUCGGGAGAGGCGAGACAUCUUGGAGAAUCAGUACACGCUGGGUAACAGUCUGUGGUUCCCGGUCGGCGGCUUCAUGCAGCAGGGUUCAGAGAUCAUGCCGAGGGCGCUGUCCACCCGCUGCGUCAGCGGAGUCUGGUGGGCGUUCACGCUCAUCAUCAUCUCCUCGUACACGGCCAACCUGGCAGCGUUUCUCACCGUCCAGAGGAUGGAGGCGCCCAUCGAGUCCGCCGAUGACCUGGCGGACCAAACGAACAUUCAGUACGGAACGAUCCAUGGAGGAUCCACCAUGACCUUCUUCAUGAAUUCACGGUACCAGACGUACCAGAGGAUGUGGAACUACAUGUAUUCCAAGCAGCCCAGUGUGUUUGUGAAGAGCACGGAGGAAGGCAUCGCCCGCGUCCUCAACUCCAAAUAUGCAUUCCUGAUGGAGAGCACCAUGAACGAGUACUAUCGCAGCCUCAACUGCAACCUCACGCAGAUCGGAGGACUUCUAGACACCAAAGGAUACGGCAUCGGGAUGCCUCUGGGCUCUCCCUACAGAGAUGAGAUCACUCUGGGGAUCUUACAGAUGCAGGAGAGCAACAGGCUGGAGAUCCUGAAGAGGCGCUGGUGGGAGGGAGGACAGUGUCCCAAAGAGGAGGACCACCGAGCCAAAGGGCUCGGCAUGGAGAACAUCGGCGGGAUCUUUGUAGUCUUAAUUUGUGGCCUCAUCAUCGCCGUCUUCGUGGCCAUCAUGGAGUUUGUGUGGUCGACACGUCGGAGCGCCGAAACCGACGAGGUAAUCUUUCAUCAUCUUCCUCCCUCUGUCUCCUCCUCCAGACCCUCAACUGCGUAGAAGGUCAUCUGGAUGCAUGAAACUGUCUUUAUCCAUCACUUUUUAAGAGAGGUUUCAGAAUAAUUGGACAUUCGUUAUCCUGUACCGGCAAUAAUUGAUUAUCCAAAGUAGGAACUUAUUGGUAUGUUGUCCUUUAAAGAAUAAAUGACAAACAAAAAUGUCUAAAUAUGAAAUAUAAAAUUAUGUUGACUUAAUCUUUUGUAUAUCUUUGUUUUCAAACGUAGAAAUGUGUUCCAGAUGCUAACUUUAAGUUUUCAAACCUUUGGAACUUUAUCAACAUCACUUUUUAAUGCUUAUAUAUUUUUAUAUAUUCAUAACUUAAGGAAAAAAACUUUUUCAUUACAGUCAAAUAAAUAUAACUCACUUCUAAGAAUCAUUUGACACAAGGAAAAGUAUAAAACAAUUAAACCACUUAAAACAUUUUUCAUGAGAAGAGAGAAAAAUAGAAAUACUGUAGGUGUGUACUUUUUUUAUCUCAACUUUUCUUUUUUUUUUUUUCAUCCUGCUCUCAAACUAUGAAAAUAAGUGUGUAAUUAAGCUCCUGCACUCAUAAUGAGUUGUUUGUCUUGUCCUGCUGGCGGCAAACAUGACUUCAUCAAAAGAGCUGACAGUUGAAACAAAUGCAGGGAUCAUUAAACCGCCUCGAGACCCAAAGGGGAAGCAGGAGAAGCGGAUGGUUCCCGUCCGCUCCCAAUGGAAUCUAGAGCGUCUUCUUCUCAGGUUGUGACGGGGAAGUCCGAACGUUUGAAAGAUUAGGCCUUGAAAUGAAAUAACUUUGUGAGAAUGAAUAACAAAGAUAAUAUAAUGUCACAAUAUGAGAGUUUGGGUCGAUUUCUUGCCAUCCAAAUCCCAGUAAGAGCCACAAAGUCUUCAGUCACCCUUUAGGAAAAUAAAAUACGGAUUUAUUUGUAUGUUUUUGCUACUGACAUGAUACAUU